AUGGGCUUCUCCUCUGUGGUGCUACCGCAAGAAAGUAGUUCAACAGUCAGAAGGCAGCCUAGCAGAGAGAAGGCAGACCCCAGUGAGAAGGCAGACCCCAGUGAGACGGCAGACCCCAGUGAGAAGGCAGACCCCAGUGAGAAGGCAGGCUCCAGUGAGAAGGCAGGCUCCAGUGAGAAGGCAGACCCCAGUGAGAAGGCUGGCUCCAGUGAGAAGGCAGACCCCAGUGAGAAGGCAGGCUCCAGUGAGAAAGCAGACCCCAGUGAGAAGGCAGGCUCCAGUGAGAAGGCAGGCUCCAGUGAGAAGGCAGACCCCAGUGAGAAGGCUGGCUCCAGUGAGAAGGCAGACCCCAGUGAGAAGGCUGGCUCCAGUGAGAAGGCAGACCCCAGUGAGAAGGCUGGCUCCAGUGAGAAGGCAGACCCCAGUGAGAAGGCAGACCCCAGUGAGAAGGCUGGCUCCAGUGAGAAGGCAGGCUCCAGUGAGAAGGCUGGCUCCAGUGAGAAGGCUGGCUCCAGUGAGAAGGCAGACCCCAGUGAGAAGGCUGGCUCCAGUGAGAAGGCAGGCUCCAGUGAGAAGGCAGACCCCAGUGAGAAGGCUGGCUCCAGUGAGAAGGCAGACCCCAGUGAGAAGGCUGGCUCCAGUGAGAAGGCUGGCUCCAGUGAGAAGGCAGGCUCCAGUGAGAAGGCUGGCUCCAGUGAGAAGGCAGACCCCAGUGAGAAGGCAGGCCCCAGUGAGAAGGCUGGCUCCAGUGAGAAGGCAGACUCUAGUGAGAAGGCUGGCUCCAGUGAGAAGGCAGACUCUAGUGAGAAGGCUGGCCCCAGUGAGAAGGCUGGCUCCAGUGAGAAGGCAGGCCCCAGUGAGAAGGCUGGCUCCAGUGAGAAGGCAGACCCCAGUGAAAAGGCAGGCUCCAGUGAGAAGGCUGGCUCCAGUGAGAAGGCAGACCCCAGUGAGAAGGCAGGCUCCAGUGAGAAGGCUGGCCCCAGUGAGAAGGCUGGCUCCAGUGAGAAGGCAGACCCCAGUGAGAAGGCAGACCCCAGUGAGAAGGCAGGCCCCAGUGAGAAGGCAGACCCCAGUGAGAAGGCAGGCCCCAGUGAGAAGGCAGGCUCCAGUGAGAAGGCAGACCCCAGUGAGAAGGCAGGCCCACAGUUGGAAGGCAGGUCCUGA